CUCCCCGCCUUCUUGGAUCCGUCUUCCUCCUCCCGGGCAGCGUCAGGUAGUAGCACUCUCCCACAGCAGUUUCACCGUCUCUAGUUUCAUCUCCGAUGAACUUUCUCUGGUCGUCCGUCGCUACGAGUAGUAACCAAGAGUCCAUGCGCUGCACUUGUAAUGUCAAAUGCAGCCCAAACCAUAAACGCCAGCGGCAACGCGGAAGUCCAUGUCGGAAACAGGACCUAUCUCCAAUCGACCGAAAACCACGUCCUGGCCGACCUACGUGUUACCAACCCGCGCCACGACAAGAAGCGCAUCCAGGACACCAAGGGCGGUCUGCUCAAGGACUCCUACGUCUGGGUGCUCGACAACCCCGACUUCUGCCAAUGGCGCGACGACCAGGACCAGCGACUGCUUUGGGUCAAGGGCGACCCGGGCAAGGGAAAGACCAUGCUCCUCUGCGGCAUCAUCGACGAGCUGGAAGCAACACGCGCUCAGAGGACGCUCUUGUCCUACUUCUUCUGCCAAGCCACCGACGAGCGACUCAACACCGCGACAGCCGUACUGCGCGGCUUGAUCUUCAUGCUCCUCGACCAAGACCCGUCCCUCGUUUCGCAUAUGAAGAAGAAGUACGAUGUAGCCGGGAAGGCGCUUUUCGAGGACACGAAUGCAUGGCAGGCGAUGUCGGAGAUCUUCACGAGCAUGCUCCACGACUCGAAGCCGAAGGGCGUCUGCCUCCUUGUCGAUGCACUAGACGAGUGCUCAACGGGCCUUGAACAGCUACUCGUCCUGAUUGCAGAAACAUCGCAAUCGACCAGUGCGAAAUGGCUCGUCUCAAGCCGCAACUGGCCGCAGAUCGAAGAACGGCUACGCACGGUAGCGCAGAGGCUAUCCCUUGAGGUCAAUGCGAAGUCGGUCUCAACAGCUGUAGACAGCUACAUUACGUUCAAGACAUCACAACUUAGCCAACUAAAAGGCUACCGAGAUGAUACCGCCAGCGAAGUACGUCAGUAUCUAGCAUCUAAUGCGGACGGCACAUUUCUCUGGGUCGCAUUAGUUUGCCAAGAACUUGAGAAGACACCUCGUUGGAAGGCCUUACAGAAGAUCAAGACCUUCCCACUUGGACUUGAUGCUUUCUAUGAACGGAUGGUGCAACAAAUCCGUGCAGCAGAGGACGCCGAGCUCUGUGGGCAUAUCCUUGCUCUUGUGGCGACGACGUAUCGCCCACCUUCGCUCGCCGAGUGCACCACACUUAUCGAAGAGUGUCGUGAUCUGGCGGACGAUCACAAGUCCCUUCAGGAGAUUAUCAGCCUCUGCGGCUCCUUUCUCACCAUUCGCGAGGACACAGUCUACUUUGUGCACCAGUCAGCCAAGGAUUUCCUGCUGAACAAGGAAUACACGGCGUUCGACCAGAUCUUGCCUUCUGGCAUCGCGCACCAGCACCAUGUCAUCUUCUCAAGGUCUCUAGACGUGUUAUCCAGCACGCUCAGACGCGACAUCUAUGAGCUGUGCUCCCCUGGAGUCCCUCUAGAGGAUGCAUUACCACCUGACCCUAAUCCUUUAUCCCCUCUGAAGUACUCCUGUACACACUGGGUUGACCACCUUGAGCACUCAAAUCCGGUAGAAAGCCCAGCGCACGGUGAUGUGCAAGACAACGCCAGGGUCCACGCUUUCCUCAAAAGGCACUAUCUCCACUGGCUAGAGGCUCAGAGUCUUUUACAAGGCAUGCCACAAGGAGUGGUAGCAAUGCAAAAACUGGAAACGUUAGUUGCAGGCACAGGAGGACCACAACUUACAGAAAUCGUCCGAGAUGCCCUUCGGUUUAUCUUGUCUUACAAACAGUGUGUCGAAAGCUUUCCGCUGCAACUUUACACAGCUGCUCUUCUGUUUAGCCCUACCCGCAGCGUAGUGAGACGACUUUUCCAAGCAGAAGCACCAGCCUGGAUUACUGUACUUUCAGAGAUAGACUCAGACUGGAACGCAUGUCUGCAGACGCUGGAGGGUCACGGCGACGAGGUCAACUCGGUGGCCUUCUCGCCGGAUGGGCGCCAGCUCGCAUCGGCCUCCCUCGACAGCACCGUCAAGCUCUGGGACGCGGCCACAGGCCAGUGCCAGCAGACGCUGGAGGGCCAUAGCGGCUCGGUCAUGUCGGUGGCCUUCUCGCUGGAUGGGCGCCAGCUUGCAUCGGGCUCCUGGGACAAGACCGUCAAGCUCUGGGACGCGGCCACGGGCCAGUGCCAGCAGACGCUGGAGGGCCACAGAGAAUGGGUCAGGUCGGUGGCCUUCUCGCCGGAUGGGCGCCAGCUUGCAUCGGCCUCCGACGACGAGACCGUCAAGCUCUGGGACGCGGCCACGGGCCAGUGCCAGCAGACGCUGGAGGGCCACGGCGGCACGGUCAGGUCGGUGGCCUUCUCGCCGGAUGGGCGCCAGCUGGCAUCGGCCUCCCGGGACAGCACCGUCAAGCUCUGGGACGCGGCCACGGGCCAGUGCCAGCGGACGCUAAAGGGCCACAGGAGAACGGUCUGGUCGGUGGCCUUCUCGCCGGAUGGGCGCCAGCUGGCAUCAGCCUCCCUCGACAGCACCGUCAAGCUCUGGGACGCGGCCACAGGCCAGUGCCAGCAGACGCUGGAGGGCCACAGCGGCCCGGUCUGGUCGGUGGCCUUCUCGCCGGAUGGGCGCCGCCUCGCAUCGGCUUCCCGCGACAAGACCGUCAAGCUCUGGGACGCGGCCACGGGCCAGUGCCAGCAGACGCUGGAGGGCCACAGCGACUGGGUCAGGUCGGUGGCCUUCUCGCCGGAUGGGCGCCAGCUGGCCUCGGCUUCCCGCGACAAGACCGUCAAGGUCUGGGACGCGGCCACGGGCCAGUGCCAGCAGACGCUGGAGGGCCACAGCAGCUUGGAAAACGUGUUCGAGGUGACAAUCCAGAAACCAAGCCAAGGUCCUGAUGGUCGGCAUCAUGUGCUCUCACAGCACGGCGUAUGGAUUGCGAAUAACUCUCAUAAUAUCCUUUGGGUACCUCCGGAGUACCGAGCGGAGUGUGACGCGGUGAAAGGAUCGAGAAUAGCUCUUGGUUGUCGAUCAGGCCGCGUACUGCUGGUGCAGUUUGCGUUAGAAAGUCAACAGCUGUAAUUUACAAAGCUAUCCGUCCUUUGCCAAGCCAUUAAUGGUACUCUCAGCGUUGUCUAUAU